GACAUGCUUCCAUAGACGCAUAGAUUUGAUCUGCCCCGGUGUAAUCGUCAACCAGUUUUCAGCGGGUCAUAAUUUGGCCGUGGGAGAAACCUCUUCAGCAAAAUCUUGACUUGAUGGAAAGGCUGGGUAUAUGUAGUGAAAACUCGACACUUAAAUCCUCGAGAUGAUCCAUUUACGCUGUGUUGCCGCACCAUCCACCAGUGUCAGCGAAGAUGGCGGAGUCCGGUGGUGGGGAGUUCGACUCGGACCGUCCGCAGAACAGCAUGGCAAACAAGAAUAGCACCCUGCGCUGCACAUUUUCAGCCCCCAGCCACAGCACCACACUCCUGCAGGGGCUCUCUGUCCUGCGAGCCCAGGGCCAGCUGCUUGACGUGGUGUUGGCCAUCAACGAGGAGCGCUUCCAGGUCCACAAGGCCGUGCUUGCUUCCUGCAGUGACUACUUCAGAGCCAUGUUCACAGGGGGUAUGCGGGAGGCCAGCCAGGACACCAUUGAGUUGAAGGGCUUGUCAGCACGAGGACUGAAGCACAUUAUUGACUUUGCGUACAGUGCAGAGGUCACACUGGACCUGGACUGCAUUCAGGAUGUGCUCGGGGCGGCCGUCUUCCUGCAGAUGGUACCAGUGGUGGAGCUCUGCGAGGAGUUCCUCAAGUCAGCCAUGAGCGUCGAGACUUGCCUGAACAUCGGCCAGAUGGCCACAACCUUCAACCUGUCCUCCCUCAAAGAGUCGGUGGAUGCCUUCACCUUCCGCCAUUUCCUGCAGAUCGCCGAGGAGGAGGACUUCCUGCACAUUCCCAUGGAGCGGCUCAUCUUCUUCCUGCAGAGCAACAAGCUGAAGAACUGCAGCGAGAUUGACCUGUUCCACGCGGCCAUCCGCUGGCUGCAGCACGAUGAGGCUCGGCGAGCGGGGGCCAAUGAGGUCCUCUGCCAUGUGCGUUUCCCCCUCAUGCGCUCUUCUGAGCUCGUGGACAGUGUGCAGACUGUAGACAUCAUGGUGGAGGAUGUACUGUGCAGACAAUAUCUGCUGGAGGCCUUUAACUACCAGAUCCUCCCAUUCCGGCAGCAUGAGAUGCAGUCACCCCGGACUGUCAUCCGUUCAGACGUGGUGUCUCUAAUCACUUUCGGGGGGACUCCCUAUACUGACAAUGACCGUACAGUCAGCAGUAAGGUGUACUAUCUCCCAGACAUUGCUGCACGGCAGUUUAAAGAAUUGACAGAAAUGGAGGCAGGCUGUAGUCAUGCCUGUGUCUCAGUGCUGGACAACUUUGUGUAUGUGGUGGGUGGUCAGCACUUGCAGUACCGUAGUGGAGAAGGUGCGGUGGACAUCUGCUUCCGUUAUGACCCACACCUGAAUCAGUGGCUGCGCAUCCAACCUAUGCAGGAGAGCCGCAUUCAGUUCCAGCUAAAUGUGCUGCAGGGACAGCUCUAUGCCACUGGGGGGCGCAACCGUUCAGGCAGCCUGUCAUCUGUAGAAUGUUACUGUCCCAAGAAAAAUGAGUGGAGUUACGUGGACUCGCUGAAGCGCAGGAUCUGGGGCCAUGCAGGCUCUACCUGUGGGAACAAACUCUAUAUCUCAGGGGGUUACGGGGUCUCGGUAGAGGACAAGAAAACCCUGCACUGCUAUGACCCUGGCACUGACCAGUGGGAGUUCAAGUCUCCAAUGAAUGAACCCCGAGUUCUGCAUGCCAUGAUCAGUGCCAGUGGCCGCAUUUAUGCGCUUGGGGGUCGCAUGGACCAUGUGGAUCGCUGCUUUGAUGUUUUAGCGGUGGAGUAUUACAUUCCAGACACAGAUCAGUGGACUACAGUGAGCCCCAUGCGAGCAGGGCAGUCAGAGGCUGGCUGCUGCUUGUUGGAUAAAAAAAUCUACAUUGUAGGGGGUUACAACUGGCACCUUAACAAUGUCACUAGUAUUGUACAGGUAUACAACACAGAGACUGAUGAGUGGGAGCGGGAUUUGCACUUCCCAGAAUCCUUUGCAGGGAUUGCUUGUACACCAAUCAUACUUCCACAAACCACAACCCAGCGGUAGCCCCUCAGUGAAGACUGGCAAUUACUGAUAACCUCACUGUAGGGGUGCUGAAAUAAAGGCCGCAACUGUCAUUGCAUAUGAUUGUACUGUAGAAAAUGCCCUGAAACAAUACAACCACAGAGCUUUAUUUGGUGUUACUGGAAUGAUGAUUAUGCAUUCUGAGUAUAGCAAAACUUAAACCA